CACUUGCAGACAGAGACACAGCAGCCUCGGCUGUUGCAGACACGGGGAAGGACACGGAGACACGGACAACGCAGAGACAGAGACACGGAGAGCGGGGACAGAGACACGGAGAGCGGGGACAGAGACACGGCCGAGCGUAGCGUCAGUCGCGUGUUGUCUGUCUCCGCAGCCGGCAGGGCGCGUCCACGAUGUCCUCAUAUAUGGAAUGUCCGGUCAUCAAACAAGAAGACAAAGAGAGUGCAUGCUCUGGGAUGUGUCCUGACUUGACUGUUAAAUACGAAGAUGCUGCUGCUCUAGAUCUGAAUAUCGUUAAGGUUGAAGAAGGCAGCGAUUAUUCAGAGGGGACAGCGGAUUUCCACGAUGGACGUCCGGCCACUCCAGAACUGAACUUGACCACCAAGGUGGAGGUGUGGGCGGACGACGUAAAAAAAUUCAUCCAGGUGGAGUUGUUGGAGGAGGACACUGGUCAAGUUCUAGAGUCAACGACGGUUCAAGUUGAAGAAACCAGUGAGAGGCCAGAGGAGAUGGGGAAUUCCUGCGGACGUGCUGACACGUCGGACCGGAAUUUCAUUGAGGUGGAGCUGUCGGAGGAGGACAUUGCUGAAGCAAAGGAAAUGGAACUCCUGUGUGAGGAGUGCGGGAAGGGAGGAGGAUGCGUCAACGCGAUGAAAGACAAAGCGGAAUGUGCCAGCAAGACCUCGCGAGCCUGCGGGCAGUGCGGGAAGUCGCUCGAAGGCACCACACUGCUCGUGGCGGUCGCCGCCGAUGGGAGAAAGCACACGUGCGAAGAGUGUGGGAAGGCAUUUGCAACGCGGUACACCUUAAAAAAACAUUCCAGGAUACACAGCGGAGAGUGGCCACACGUGUGUAUCGAGUGUGGGAAGGGGUUCGCAACUCGCUUUGACUUGGAGAAGCACGCUAAAGUACACACCGGUGAGAAGCCACACUUGUGCAAAGAGUGCGGGAAGGGCUUUGCACAUCGCUACAAUUUGGAAACGCACUCCAUAUCGCACACCGGCGAGUGGCCGCACGUGUGCAAGGAGUGCGGGAAGGGCUUUAGGCAGCGUUCCGACUUGGAGACGCACACAAGGACGCACACCGGUGAGAAGCCGUACGUGUGCAAGGAGUGCGGCAAGGGCUUUGCGAGACGCGCCCACUUAGAGGCGCACUUCAUCUCGCACACGGGCAAGUGGCGGCAUGUGUGCAAGGAGUGCGGUAAGGGCUUCGCACAGCGGUCCGAUUUGGACAGGCACAUGAGAACGCACACGGGCGAGUGGCCCUUUGUGUGCAAGGAGUGCGGCAAGGGAUUUGCGCAAUGUUCAGACUUGGAGAGGCACACGAGGACGCACACGGGCGAGAAACCACACGUUUGCAAGGAGUGCGGCAAGGAGUUUUCACGGAUCUACACUUUAAAGAGACAUUCGGUAACGCACGCCCAAGAAUGAAAUUUGAAAUCAAUUUUUGUUGAUGUUUAAAGCAAUGGUGAUUGUUUUUUUUUUAUCCAAUGCUCCUGCCCCAUUGUAUACUCUUAAAGAACGUAUGUUUAAUUAUUAUGCGUCUUUACCCUGGAGAGCCUCACUGAGUCUCAAUAUUUUGAGGGAUGGUCGUGCCGUUUUUUUCAUAACAGGGAGUGAUUUUUCUCAUCCUGAUUGAGUCAAUUUGCAAGUCAUUUGUAUUGAAUCUGAAUAUUUAUCCAAUAGCUGUUACGCUUAUAUAGUUUCCUAGCUAUGGGGAGGAAAUAUUGUAACCCAAAGGAAUCCUAUGCGUAACAGUAAAACAAAAUACAAACUCCACCUAAAGAAAGGUGGGCAAGCCAGGGACUCGAAGCUCGGGACAUGAGGCACAAUCACGACCGCUGCACCAAACCUGUGUAAUGACAGUCGAGCCGACAUGUGGUGUGAGUGGACUAGUGGCCAUGGGAGGUAAUGACAAGAGUUUCAGCUGUGAGUGCGAAGCGACUGGUGGCUACGGGAAUGAUCGAUAAGGGAGUGCGGUCAGGUGACGGAAGAGGACGGUAAAAUUUGCUGGUGGAGCGAUUGUCCAGUCAGCGAGACGGUUCGGGAAGGGGGGCUUGGCCUUGGUCUGUAAAUAUGGAGAUUGCGCGGGAGACUUGGCUGUUGCAGUAGG